CUCAGCCAAAGUUCAUCUUUCAAGGGUUAUGCAACGCUUAUGGGAAGGACCCAGUCAGCCUGUGGGAGGGGGAGAGUGUUGUAGCUCUGCAACUUGAAAGAGUGGGAAAGCAAUUGACUCAGUGUCCUUACCCUCCACACAUUCAAGGGAUCAGCCAUGGCUGCAGAGGCAAAGCAGUCGUGUUAUGAGGGCAGUGGUGUCCAAAGCUUUCAGUUCUACCUGGAAAAGUCAGGAGAACACGAGGCCAUUCUCCAGUGUGUUCAGAGCAUCCUGCCAGGAGAAUUUAAAAGAAUUGGAGCAGGUAAAAGCGGCCUGGAUGUCCUUGGCGUUGGAAGUGGUGGAGGGGAGUUGGAUGUCCAGAUGCUCUCUGUACUGCAGUCUACAUUCCCUGCUCUUCCUAUCACUGCUGACAUUGUGGAGGGCAGCUCUCAGCUCUCAGAUAACUUCAAAGCUUUGGUAUCAAAGACCACCAACCUUCAGAAGAUCACAUUCGCUUGGCAUGUCAUGCACAGUGAGGACUAUGAGAAGCAAGUGAAAGCAAAGGGAGACGUGAAGAAAUUUGACUUCAUACACAUGAUUCAGAUGAUCUACUAUGUGAAUAACCUCGCUGAAACUAUCAAGUUCUACCACAGUCUUCUAAAAAACAAUGGCAGACUUAUGAUCAUCAUUGAAACAGCCAAAGGUGGCUGGGACACCCUGUGGAAGACGUACAAGAAGGAGCUCUGCAUCGACGCCAUCACAGAGUACCGCUCAUCAGCGGAGGUGCUCGCAUGCCUAAAGAGCCAGGGUCUGAAAUAUGAGGAGCACAUCAUUCACAACACCUUCGACAUCACUGAGUGCUUCGAUACGAGCAGCGCGACUGGAGAACGUCUGCUGAAUUUCAUGACAGCCAGAGAUCACUUCUACCAAUCCUUCACCCCGGAGAUCAGAGCAGGCAUGUUAGACCUUCUCAGAAACAAGUGCAGCACUGAGAAAGAUGGCAGGGUAUCCUUCAACAGCAGUUUGAGCUGCAUUCUCAUUUAUGCUUGAGUACAUAAUUCCUCUUACAUUCAGUUAACGCUGAUAUUUCUUCACAUUAACAGUGUAGCUGUGUCUCCAUUCAGAGGAGGCAUUUGAAUAAAGGAUUGCGUCACAGCGGCACGACAAGGCUGUCCUAUUUCGAAGGCUCCUUCAACUGCAGCCGAGAAAUGUGUCCCUCAUUUCCCUGGCAACAAAGGAUCCAGCAAGUAGAUCCUUGGCAGCUAAACCUAUCCCAAGAUUCAUUGCGCGAAUCACUUUCAAAAGAAUUUUCCACAAACAAAGCAGAGGCUGAGGAUGAAUAAGAAAUCCUCUGUAGACCUGACCGUUUCCUUUCAGUUCAGCCUUUGCAGCUUACAUUGGCUGGACCACGUCCUUUGAAAGAUACGGCCCCUGAAUUGAGACAACUUAUAUUUCCCUUUUGCUAAAAUUGACUAUUUGCUGUAGUUUUGAGUCUCUUCAGCCUAUAUACACCAAACCUUUUAUGAUGGUUUACAAAAUUAUCAAUAAAAACAAUUUAUGCACUAUAUGAUGAUUAAAAUGGCUGCCAAAGACUGUUCAUGCUUUACAAAGCUUUAUAUCUUUAGAAAACCAACUAAAUAGUCUUUAUUGACUGACACACAAUUUUAGCUAUGCAGGAAUCUUGAAUCAAUUUCAUCGACGCUAGAUGGACCUUUUUCUAACAUAUGGAGAAAUUUAUUAUUAUGACCUUUAAUAAUAGAGCCAAUAUUUUGGAUUUCACGACUGCAGCUUUAGUGUUUCACUGCUCUCACGGUUUUCUUUUUUUUUUUUAAAUCAGUUAGCAACUAGUUUGACCAGCUAGAAAGGUAGCCCCAGUACCACAAGGUCCCAUAGAAAAGCUCAGGGAAGUGGCUGCACGCUCCAGUUUGACUGAGGUGGGGCGGUUUAUCAGAAAUACAUUUGCAAACCCAACCAGUUAAUUGGCUUCCUGUAAAAUUGAAAAAUACAGUUUGAAAACACUUAGGAUAAAACAUAAAUCUCACCUUUGUGUCGCUUGAAGUUUGUUUUCAAGAAUGGAAUGAACUUGCUGUUGCUCUUGUGUCAGAUAGCCACACCCUCUUCAACUGUGGUUCUCACCAACCUUUAAGUAGCAGCCUCCAUUGUGUCCAUUGCUGCACUAGAGAACUGACUUGGACAAGCAACAUAAUGGUGAGAUUUAUGCUUUAUCUGAAGCAUAAAUUUCAUCAUUUGUAAACAGUAUUAAUACUUACAGGAUGAGGAAUAACUAGUUGGGUUUGCAAAUGUAUGUCUGGUUAACUGCAGUGCAGCACAUGGGUGCUUCCUGGAGCUUUUCUAUGGGACCUUCUGUGACUCCAGAUGUUAGUGGAGGCUAAAAACAGAGCUAAGAGGAGUAAAUAUUACACCUACAUUUAUCAGUUGGUCAGAAACAUGGCUCCAAAUGAAUGCUACUGUUGCUCUGUAUCUGCUGUAUGUAUAAGUAGGCAGCUGUUCGCUUGCAAGUCUGCAACAUUAAAUCAGUUAGAGUAAGUGUAAGCAUGUAAAUAAAGUUAAAGGGAUCUCA